GAGAAGGAAUAUAACAAAUUGGCGACGAGAUUUAAACGGAUCCCCGAUGUGCAUGUAACGACAGAGAGGGGGAAGAACCUCGGAAAGUGACAAAAAGACAAGAAAUGAGAACAGAAAAACUCGCCGUCGGGAAUGCUAAUGUGACUUCCUAGCUAACAAGCUACAGAGACAACGUGAGUAACGAACACUACACGGAAAAUGUCGGGAGGCGUUGGACAAAUGAACAUUUUUGAAGACGGCACAGAGGACUGGACAACAUAUGUGGAACGAGUUGAGCAGUACUGUCUAGCUAACAAAGUAGAGGAUGAGAGGAAAGUCGCUGUGCUACUGAGCGUAAUGGGAGCGAAAACGUAUAACUUGCUACGCAGCCUCAUCACACCAGCCAAACCAGUAGACAAAAGUUUCAGGGAGAUCACAGAGGUUCUCCAAAAACAUUUCCAACCGAAGCUACUGGUCAUAGCUGAACGAUUCCGAUUUCAUAAACGAAAUCAAUCAAAAACCGAGUCCACUUCGACGUACAUCGCGGAGCUUCGGCGGCUGUCGGAGCACUGUCAGUUCGGGGAGGGGCUGUCAGAUGCGCUGAGAGACCGUUUUGUCUGCGGGCUGCACAAUGAAAGCACACAGAAACGACUCCUCACAGAGGAUAAUCUGACAUUGCAUCGCGCAUUAGAAAUUGCUAUAUCUAUGGAAACUGCAGCAAAAGAUGCGGGAGAACUUCAGGGAAAAUACAUAGAACCGUGCGCUGUCAAUAAAAUGCGUGCGCAGCCUAAUGAUAAAUUACAGACCUGUUACAGAUGCGGCAAGAAGUCACAUGACGCUGCUAAUUGUUGGUUUAAGAAUAAAGAAUGUCUCCAAUGCAACAAAAAUGGACAUAUACAGAAAAUGUGCAGAUCAAAACAAUAUAAGAAAAACAAAAUGUGGAAAAAAGACAGGAAACUGCAUGAAGUAAAUGAGACAGACUCAAAUUCCUCCCAGGAGAAUUUAGCAUGCCUUGAGCUGCACACAAUACAAGAAAAGGAGAAAUAUAAGGGGGCAAUAUGGCUCACACCUAAAGUACAAGGGGUUAAGUUAAAGAUGGAACUGGAUACUGGGUCAGCCCUCUCACUGAUCUCAUAUGAAGAUUACAGAGACAAGUUUCCAAACCUGAAACUAAAGCACACCUCGGUGAAACUAAAGACUUACAUGGGUGAAAGAAUAACCCCUUUAGGAAAACUAAAAGUGAAAGUGGAAUAUGAGAAAAAGAAAUGCAACCUUGAACUUUAUGUUCUGCAAAAUGGCGGUGCACCAUUAUUUGGACGUGACUGGUUAAAACACAUCCAACUCAACUGGAAUGAAAUAAAGUUCAUGAGACUGGCACCAGACCUGAGUACAAGUUCUGUGGAGGACAGACUAAAACAGAUACUUGAGGAACAUGCUCCAGUGUUCAAGGAAGGCAUUGGCACUCUGAAAAAUAUUAAAGCACAGGUCAUACUGGAAGACGGCGCAAAACCCAGAUUUCACAAAGCACGCCCUGUACCAUAUGCUGCACGUCCCAAAGUCGAAGCAGAGCUUCAACGCUUGGAGGAGCAAGGAAUACUCACCAAGGUGGAAUGGUCAGACUGGGCUACACCAAUAGUGGCAGUGAGCAAGAAAACAGGUGACAGUGUGAGAAUCUGUGGUGACUUUAAGGUCUCAGUGAAUCCAGUACUCCGCGUUGAUCAGUACCCACUUCCGCGGAUAGAAGACAUAUUCACAGCAGUGGCAGGUGGCAAACAUUUUUCAAAAAUCGAUCUCGCCCAAGCUUAUCUACAGAUGGAAGUAGAAGAGACAUCCAAGAAAUAUCUAGUGAUAAAUACUCAAAGGCCUAUUCCAGUAUAACCGACUGGUAUUUGGUAUCACCAGUGCUCCAGCAGUAUGGCAGCGUGCCAUGGAUCAGGUUCUGCAGGGCAUUCCAGGAACACAAUGUUUUCUGGAUGACAUUAUUGUCACAGGUGUCGAUGACGAAACCCAUUUAGCUAACCUCGCAGAAGUCCUGGCCAGGCUAGAAAAAUAUGGACUGAGAGCAAACAAAAACAAAUGUGAGUUUUUCAAAGAUGCCAUUGAGUAUUGUGGACAUCAGAUUGACAGGCAUGGACUCCACAAAACCAAAGACAAAGUCGAAGCAGUCUUGAAGGCACCAGAGCCUAAAAAUGUUAUUGAGCUACACUCAUUCUUGGGCUUAAUUAAUUAUUAUCAGAAGUUUCUACCAAACCUGUCAACAGUUCUCCACCCACUAUACACGCUGCUGCAACACAAUGUCAAGUAGAACUGGACAAAAGACUGUAAAAAGGCAUUUAAUAGUGCUAAGCAGCUCAUUACAUCAGAGGAGGUGCUAACACAUUUUGACCCAAAUCUUCCUCUGCGCCUUGCAUGUGAUGCCUCUCCAUACGGCAUCGGUGCUGUGCUAUCUCACAAAAUGCCUGAUGGAGUGGAACGACCAAUCGCUUUUGCCUCAAGGUCCCUAAAUGCAGCCGAGCGUAAUUAUGCGCAGAUAGAGAAGCGCUAAGUCUGGUGUGGGGAGUGAAGAAGUUCAAUCAAUAUUUACAUGGAAGACACUUCACCUUGAUCACAGACCACUGACCCUUGGUGUCUAUCUUUAACCCUCAGAAAGGUGUACCAACCAUGGCUGCAGCACGGUUACAGCGAUGGGCUUUGUUCCUUGGCUCACACACCUACAAAAUUGAAUUUAAAGGGACAAAACUGCAUGGAAAUACGGAUGGACUUUCACGCCUUCCACAAACUCAAACCACUGAAGAAACUACUGAUCCAGCAACUGUGUUUCACGUUGCACAAAUGGAACCUCUGCCUGUGACAAGUGCUCAGGUAAAAAGAGAAACAAGUCGAGAGUAUAUGAUUUUACUGUGAAUGGCUGGCCGUCCUCCAGUGACACUCAGUUCUCUGCAUACUCCAGCCGCAAAGACCAGCUAUCAGUUUGCCAAGGAUGUGUCAUGUGGGGAACUCGUGUCAUAAUACCACCCCUACUACGUAAAAGGGUGUUGAGUUCACUCCAUGAUGGACAUUUGGGUGUAGUCAAGAUGAAAAGUCUUGCUAGGAGCUAUGUUUGGUGGCCAGGCAUAGACUGGGAAAUAGAGAACCUGGCUAAAUCCUGCACUGGUUGCCAGCAGACACUACGCCAGCCACAGACAGCACCUGUACACACGUGGGAGUGGCCAUCCACCCCCUGGCAACGCAUCCAUAUAGACUAUGCUGGACCAUUUAUGGACCAAAUGUUUCUGAUUGUGGUUGAUGCUCACUCAAAGUGGCCAGAAGUUUUUCCUGUAAAGCAUGCAACAACGGCCAGCACAAUCAACAUUCUUCGGUCACUGUUUGCCCGCACAGGUCUGCCUCAACAGCUCGUCAGUGAUAAUGGCCGUCAGUUCACUGGAGAGGAGUUCCAGGGUUUUCUUAAGAACAACGGUGUACGACAUAUCACUUCAGCUCCUUAUCACCCCGCAACGAACGGACAAGCUGAACGGUUCAUUCAAGAGAUCCAUGAAGGCAAGCCGGUCAGAGGGGAGACCUCUGCAAUUGAAAAUCGACAACUUCUUAUUGGCUUACAGAAACACCAUUCAUGCAACAACCGGACAAACACCGUCUAUGCUCUUCAUGGGACGAAAUCUAAGGUCUCGUUUUGAUUUGUUGAAACCAGACAUUCGCAAGAAUGUUGAGGACAAACAGCCUUCCUUGAUGGAAACAAGAAGGAAUAAAACCAGAUCAUUUGACAUUGGACAAAAAGUUCUCACCAAAGACUACAGAUGCCCAAGUCAGAAAUGGCAGUCUGGCACAAUUCUGUCUCAGACAGGACCUCUGACGUACAACGUAAAUGUUGGAGACAACUCAGUCUGGCGUAGACAUUUUGAUCAGAUUCUAGAUGUGGACACCCACAAAAGUCUAGAGCAACCUGAGGACACAUCUACAUCUCAAGAUCCAGAAGAGUUUAUCUUUACUACAUCUUCUGGGGUUCAGGAUUCACCUGAAACCACCAGUGCGCCAACAGCUGAACCUUUUACACAGAGUACCACAGACUCUGGUCAAACAUGCAGACGUUAUCCUGAGAGAAAUCGCAGAGCACCUCAGAGACUGAAUUUGUAGCUUCAUUUAUAAAGAAGCAGUUUAAAUGUUUAAGAGUAAAUACCUGCUUAGCGUUGCAAAUAUCUGAAUAGGUGUCAUGUUCUGUUUGAGGAAAUUUAUUGGGUUACCACAUUCAGCUAAAUCUAUUCUUUGUUCGUCAAAGCUGGAUGGGAGGAACUGUUAUGUAUGUGAUAAAACAAUACAUUAUUCAAUGGUACUAUUUUGUGUCCUAUGUGGAAGAAUACCAAGUGUGGUA